AUGGCGGCGGCGGCAACGGCGGGCGCUGAGGGGCAGCGCGGGGUCCUGGAAGCGGUGGCGGCGCCCGAACGGGGCGGCGGGAGUUGCGUGCUGUGCUGCGGCGAUCUAGAGGCCACCGCGCUGGGCCGCUGCGACCACCCGGUGUGCUACCGCUGUUCCACCAAGAUGCGGGUGCUGUGCGAGCAGCGCUACUGCGCUGUGUGCCGCGAGGAACUGCGCCAGGUGGUCUUCGGGAAGAAGCUCCCGGCCUUUGCCACCAUCCCCCUUCACCAGCUGCAGCACGAGAAGAAAUACGACAUCUACUUUGCCGAUGGAAAAGUGUUUGCAUUGUAUAGGCAGCUGCUGCAGCACGAGUGCCCACGUUGCCCAGCGCUGCCACCCUUUGGGCUUUUUGGGGACCUGGAGCAGCACAUGCGCAGGCAGCACGAGCUCUUCUGCUGCAAGCUUUGUCUCAAGCACCUCAAGAUCUUCACCCAUGAGCGCAAGUGGUACUCGCGCAAGGACCUGGCCCGCCACCGCAUGCAGGGGGACCCAGAUGACACGUCGCACCGUGGCCACCCGCUCUGCAAGUUCUGUGAUGAGCGCUAUCUGGACAAUGAUGAGCUUCUCAAGCACUUGCGUCGCGACCACUACUUCUGCCACUUCUGUGACACCGAGGGUGCCCAGGAUUACUACAGUGACUAUACUUACCUGCGCGAGCACUUCCGGGAGAAGCACUUCCUGUGUGAGGAGGGCCGCUGCAGCACAGAGCAGUUCACCCAUGCCUUCCGUACAGAAAUUGACCUCAAGGCCCACCGCACUGCCUGCCACAGCCGCAGCCGUGCGGAGGCCCGGCAGAACCGCCACAUCGACCUGCAGUUCAGCUAUGCCCCUCGUCACCAGCGCCGGGGCGAGGGUGUCAUUAGUGGUGAGGAUUAUGAGGAGGUGGACAGAUACAACCGCCAGGGCCGCCCAGGCCGAGCCGGAGCACGUGGAGCCCAGCAGAGCCGCCACGGAAGCUGGAGGUACAAGAGAGAAGAAGAGGACCGGGAUGUGGCAGCAGCCAUUCAGGCCUCGGUGGCCACACAGCAGCAGGAAGAGAAGCGUAGGAACGAGGACCACGACGAUGCUAAGGAAGAGACAGGAGGUAGGGUAUUCGAGGAGCCCCAAAGUGCAUGGCGCCCACUUCGAGACCACUGUGAAGGCCCAGGCACCAAGGAAGCAUCAUCCAAUGGUCCCAUGAGCCAAGAGGCUUUCUCUGCCUCAGGCCAAGCCACAGUGGUCCCACCUUCAAGCUCCCUGCCACCCUUGCCGAAGCUCAAGGACGAGGACUUCCCCAGCUUGUCCUCCGGCCAGGCGUUGACUGCCACUGGCCCUGUGGGGCUGGCACUGGCAUAUCCUGUUCCCACCAGGGCCAGGGGUGCCUUCCAGGAAGAGGACUUCCCUGCCUUGGUGUCCUCAGGGUCUCGGUUCAGUGCUGUCUCUACCAGUAUCAUUUCUGCCUGGAACAGCAGCAAGAAGGUGGCCCAGCCUGCAUCAGGGACCCAGGUUGCCAGAGCAGGCUUGUCUGCCAGGAAGUCUGGAAAGGGGAGUGGCAAAGGCGGCCGGAAGGGUGGGCAGGCCCCCACUGAGGAGCAGGAGGUGACCCUGCCUGAGCAGCACAGCUCACCUGCUGCGGCCCCUGCUCCCUCCCUGCUGGUGCUGUCCUCCCACACCGUUACCAAAGGUGGCCGGAAGAAGAAAGUCGGUUCUGAAAAGCCCCGGGCCACAUCACCUCAAUCCCCUGAACGUAUCCCAAAGGCACCAGACAAAGUUGGGCCACCUGGGGUUCAGCAGCAUCCUGCCAGCAGAGUCGAGGUGUCAGCCACUGGCCUUCUCAAUGGACAUGUGGAGGAGGUGGGCAUGCCACAUAUUGCCCCUAAGGAGCCCCCUGGGCUCCCUCGGCCACCAGGGCCCCUGCCUUGCCCUGCAUCCCAGGAGGACUUCCCAGCACUCAGCCCCUGCCCGCCCAGGAUGCUGCCACCCCCAGGGUUUAACACUGUAGUGCUGCCAAAGGGUGCUCCACCCCCACCGGGGCUGGCCCCCCCUGUGAGCAAACCACCCCCUGGUUUCUCCAGCCUCCUGCCUGGCUCCCAGCCAGCCAGUGUACCUAGCACCACCACGAAAGUGCCCAGGCCAAUGCCCUCCCCGUCCCAGGUCUACCUGGUCCCUGAGAACUUCCGGGAGAGGAACCUGCAGCUGAUCCAGUCCAUCAAAGACUUCCUGCAGAGCGACGAGGCUCGCUUCCAGAAGUUUAAGAGUCACUCGGGGGAGUUCAGACAGGGCAUCAUCUCUGCGGCCCAGUACUACAAGAGCUGCCGGGACCUGCUUGGAGAGAGCUUCCAGAAGAUCUUCAAGGAGUUACUGGUGCUCCUCCCUGACACAGCAAAGCAGCAGGAGCUGCUCUUGGCACAUGCAGACUUCCGCAGCCAUGAGAGGCCCCUGGGGGCCAAGUCCAAGAAGAGCAAGAAGAGCGUGUGGCAAGCCAGCACGCCCACUGCAGGCCUAGACUGCUGUGUGUGCCCCACCUGCCACCAGGUGCUAGCCCAGGGUGACCUCAGCAGUCACCAGGCACUGCAUACUGCCCAGGAUGACGACUUCCCCUCCCUGCAGGCCAUCACAAGGGUCAUCACGUAG